UCGACGUGACAUUCGUCCCGUCCGCAGGAGGUCGACCUGGAUCUUUUAUACAACUUGGUCUUCCCUGCUUCAAAAGUCAGCUUCGACCCACACGCAGGAUCCACGACCCACAUGCAAUUUUAUGGCAGGUUGACAUCUUGCCCCGGACCCAUUUGGUCCCCAUCUUUUGUACUCACACGUCUUGUUUCUUUCCAUCGAACCUUUUCUCUAUCGUUCGUCACGACUUCCCAGCAUGACGUACUACGGCGACAAUGCUACCCAACUUACUGGAUCGGUAAUCGCACUUGCGACUAUAGCAUACAUUACGUUUGGCCUACGCAUCUACACACGAAUCCGUAAUGGAUCGUUUGGUGUGGACGAUUGGUCUAUGGCGGCUGCAACUAUUCCUUUCACAGCAUUGACCGUUGCAUGCAUCGGCGGUGCAUUUAACGGUAUUGGCAUUCAUCAGUUCAGGUUGGACAAGGAGCACACGAAAACAGGCAUGCAGUACUUCUUUUUCUUCGAAGUCUUUUACUGCGCAGCCAUCAUCCCAAUCAAACUAAGCAUUUCGUUCAUGUUGAUCCGCAUCGCAUCCAACCAGGUCAAGUACACAUACAGUCUGUAUGCUGUCUCAGCGAUGUUCACAACCAUGAACUUGAUCGCCAUGCUCUACAUCAUCUUCCACUGCCUGCCAGUACAAUACGCAUGGGACACCUCGAUCAAAGGCGGAAAGUGCAACCCCGCGCAGACACUUGCAGACAUUUACUACGCAACAACAGCAGUCAACAUUGUCACAGACUGGUUCUGCGCACUCCUACCAAUACCGCUUCUCUGGAACGUUCAGCUCAAUCGCAAUGCAAAACUAUCCGUAGGCGUAAUCCUCGGUCUCGGAGCCCUAGCCAGCUUAUCUGCCUGUAUCCGCCUCGUGUACACCGUGAAUAUUACCAACACCAACGAAUACCUCUACGGCAUCUCGGACGUCGUCCUCUGGGGCUACGCCGAAAACGGCAUCGGCAUGAUCGUCGGCUGCGUCGCAACACUGCGGCCUCUCUUCCGCCGCGUCUUUAGCCUCGGCGGCGACACAGCGCCCAAUAAUACCCCAGGUGCCAGUUACGCGAGACGACCCGCGAAGUUGAGGCCGAAUGGUAGGGAUGAGGAGUGGGUAGCGCUAAGCGAUUCGAAGAUGGCGAGUGUGGUGCAAGGGAGGACACUGCCAGAUUCGAGUAGUGAGGAACAUAUUCUGGGGAACGGAAUUAAGGUCACCAGUACGGUGGAGCAAGAUGUUGAGGUUGCAAGUAAGCGGUAGGAAAACUAGAUGGAGCUGUGUGACAUGUUAUGUUAUAGAAUAUUUCUCGUGAUAAAGUUUAGAGGUCGAUCCAAUCACCUGUCACUCAGUCUCUCCUUGUUCCUAUACGAUACUUAGUCGAUGGUCCUUCAUCAAACAAGCUAUCACAGCUGUGAACUCGACCUCCGAAAACUUGCGCCCUUGGUAGUUCAUUGGUUCAUCAGACCAGGGAAAAUACGUGCCCCUGGCCGGCUUGAUAUGGGUCUCAGGGCUAUCAAUUUUAGUUGAGUCUGAAGUAGUGAUUCAUCGCGAGGAUCCCACUUCUCUGG